GAAGUGCUUGACGCGCAGCGUACGGGGAUGAAAAGACAUCCCAAGAUCUCACUCUUGAAGCUCUAAAACAUUGGGAAAAAUGGAACGAAUAUUUGACUCGGGGCAACGAUUUACCUGCGGGGAUUAGUAGAGAUGAUCGAAUAUAUGUCAACACUGGAAACCUACGCGUGACGCAUGAAUCAGUUUUAACUGAGUUCGACAAGCGGUCGUUGGAAAACAUUUCGUAGGCUAGAUUGGGGCACACCCAAUACAACCUGAAUGAUCCUGAGGAAGUGAAGGUCGAGGCCAAUGCAUCGACGCAUUCAGACGAGGUAAAGACGAGAAAUACCGUGGAUUGUUCGACUCCAUUGGUGGAUUUGUUUACGCAGACAAGGCAUGCCGAUUUGCUCUCCAUACGGCGGGGUGCUUGGGGGCCAACCUGGUACAUACUUGGAUAUCCUCAGGGGGUAUUCCAGCGGUUUGAGGAGAGUGGUGGACGAGUUACAGGCAUCGAACUGCUGAUGGACUUAUUUAUCCCGCUGCAGUGACCAUAAUAGCUUGCGGGGGUUGGACUCCAGAUAUACUUCCAGAAAUUGAUGGCAUGUGUGAAAAUACCGCCGCGUCACUGGCAUUCAUUCAAAUCCCCAAGGAAUCCCCUCUACUCCACAAAUAUUCUCCUGACCGAUUCCCCGCCUGGUGGUAUAAAACAUGGGGCGGGCCGGAAGGAAACAUGUACGGCUUCCCCGUUGACGAGCGUGGAUGCAUGAAACUGGGCUACCGGAGGACAAAAUACACUCAUGCAAAGGUGCGGAAUGGAGGACAAGCCCGCAGUACUCCCAUUACGAAAUGAACAUCUCCAUCAAUCAAUGGUGUCCCGACGGGGCGUCCAUCCACAUGCUUCGUCGAUUCUUCGAUACCUAUAUGAUCGAGCUGCGGGAGUAUGGAAUUGGCAUUUCAGGAAACAGACUCUGCUGGUACACCGACUCCUUUGACAACCAAUCUGUGGCAGAUGUAGUUGAUGGGAAUAAGGCUUCGCAGGUCAUGUUGAAGACAUGGCAGUGGCGGAAACCAGAUCCAGUGCAAACUCCUGUUCGCGUCCUGAUGGAGGGGAUGGAUAGUCCUAGACCUGUUUACAAGUUGUAG